UCGACGCCACAGAUCUUGAAAACUAUGAUCAAUGGUGCGCUGCGAACGGAACUGAGCUUGGCCAAGUCGACACACGCACAAAGAUUGUUCGGCUUGCCCUAGCAUUUUCAUACCGGCUCAAACGUUUUUUAUUCGUUGACCAUGACCUAACUGGGAACUAAUCCAGUGGUCGUCUUUUCUUAAACGCCCUGAUUAAUACAUUCUCUUCGGCUCGAGCUUGGCUGUGUUGAUCGAUGCACCGGGUAGGUAGUUUGACAAUUUGACUGUGUUGCCGAGGUUAGCCGCCCGUGGACAUCCACAACUGAGACGCGAUCACUCGUCAUUUGAUCAUUGAUCUCAAGUGACAUCGGCAUCCAUCAUUCUGUGAUCUGAUUGAGAAAGCCGCAACACUUGUACCAGAUGUAUCGUCACAUACCAACUCUCUCAAGACGCUCAUGGCAGCUGGCUCUGCCGGGGUCCAGGCGCAAUUUCCAAGGUACUGGUUAUGUUAACCACUCUGCGCCAGCGGCCGUCGAAAAUGGCGUCGACCCUCGAUGGCUCUCAAAUCUCCGAAGUGAAGCCAAGAGGAAGGAUAACGACGCUUCCAGUCGUAUACUGAUGACACUCAAUGAUCGGUGGCUUCAAUUGUCGGCUGGGGCUGAAGGCUUCGUUGGUGGAGAGCACGCUGGUCUGGAUAGGCACACGGUAGUUUGGGGCGAUAUGGACAGCAUGGGCUUACUGCGAAAGGGACACGUGAACAACGUCGUAUACAACAAGUACGCAGAGUCUGCGAGGAUCAACUGGUUCAGAUCUUUGGCCAAGGUUGCGAGACCUGAACUACAGCCGGAGUGGGAAGGCCUCUGGGCGCCAAAGGGAGUUGGAUUGAUCCUGAAGAGCAUCAAGACAGACUACAAACUGCCCAUUGUGUAUCCCGACACAGUCACCGUUCUGCACAAGCUACUCGAGAGGCCAAGCGACGACUUGACCAGUAUCAAGCUUGAGGUUGUGAUCCUCUCGCACAAGCAUCAAAGGCCCGCAGCGCGAUGCUUUGAAGACAUUGUCGUAUACGACUACCGCCAAGGCAAAAAGACGUCAGCGCCGCGUUUUCUCGUCGACGAAUUACAAAGGAUGUUCGACCUACAGGAAGAUACGCACCAGCAAGCAGUGACUGAAAUCAGACAUUUGCAAAAGUCACUGUAG